UUUUUUUUUUUUAGUUUUAACCUCGCAGCCGGCCAGGCUGCCUCGCGGUUGGCUCGUUAUGCACGUGGAGCUGGCUGCCGGCGUCGCGUGACCUGGCUGGCUGUGUUGGCGCAGGCCCAGUUCUGCCUGGCCGUCCUCGGCAUUGGAAGCAGCAGUAGGAACUGCGGGGAUUGUGGUGACCGGACGGGGCCGGGCCGGCAGGCAGGGAGUUAGGCAGGCAUGGCCGGACCCACGCAGGAGAAGAGCACGCUGCUGCACCUCUUCGCUGGAGGGUGAGUCCUUCUCCCUCAUUUCAUUCAUCCUUCUGGGCUCAUCCUGAAAGCGUUUUCUCUCCCCAUUCAUCCUUCGCCCCCAUCCUCAUUCAUUAUCUCCCCUCCCACACUUUAUUCAUUAAUCUCCCCCAUCCAUCCCCUUCUUCCUCCAUUCAUCAGUCUUUUGUAAACCGCUUUGAGUUCUAUUGUUUUUUACGAUCAAGCGGUGUUUUAAUUUUUAUGAAAUAAACAAUAAAUAAAUUAUUUCUCUCACAUGCGCCCCUUCUCUCCAUUCAUCUCUUCUUUCUUGAUUUCUUCCCCUGCCUUUUGACCACUACCCUUCCUCUUCCUCUCUGAAUUUACAUUUAUUUGUUGUCUCAAAUCUUCCUUGUGUCUCUCUUUAUAUAUUGCCCUGCUGUCUUUUAUGUCAUUAUCCUCAUCCUACCCAUUUUCUCAUCCUCCUCUUUCAAGGGGGGUGGGGUGGGGAGAAAAUAACGCUGUUAAUGGCUACUGCCCAUGAUGGUUAUGCUGUGCUUCCACGGUCAGAGGCAGUAAAAAGCUAACACUUCUGUAUAUCACUUGCCAGAAACCACAGAAGGGUAGAGGGCUCUUGUGUUCCUGCUUGCAGGCUUCCCAUAAUGGGCACCUGAUUGACCACUGUGAAAAUAGGAUGAUGGACUAGAUGGGGCACUGGCCUAAUCCAGCAAGGCCUUUCUUACGUUUUCCUCCAUUCACCCAUUUGCACAUUCUCCUCUUCUUUCUUCGUACCUUCCUUCUUCUUUGCUUUUCUCUUCCGUGACUUCAAAAUGGUACAUCCAUAUACAGGCGCAGCCUACCUCUGAGGUCCUGAAAACGCCUGCUAAGGAGUGCCCAGCAGUGCACAUUCUAUUGGAAGCAAAAUGCUUGGAUAAAUGAGCCUUCCAUCCAACCUAGUAGGCCUUGUUUAUUUAUAAGGAAACACAAACAUACACAUGUGCUCCCCACACACUUCAUAACCCCUUGCUGGCAUUCAUAUAGUGCUUUAGAAUGUCAGUUGUGUUUGUACACAUGUGGCAUAGUGGUUAGGCCAAGGGUGCAGGAGCCUGCAGCCCUCCAGGUGCGUUUGGGUUCCAUCUCCCAUCAUCCAGCACGUUCAAUAGUCAGGGGUCAUCUGGAAGUCUGCAGGUUCCCCUUUCUUGGGUUUGAGUGUCAGACUGGAAGCAGGGAGAUCUGGGUUUAAAUCCCCCAAUUGAACCAUGAACCUCACCAGGUGCCCUUGAGCCAGUUUGCCCUCCAUCAACUUGAUCUAUCUCUCAGGAUUAUUGUAAGUGUAAAAUAUGCACAUGUGUCAAUGAGAAUCAGCACUGUGUUGAGCUCCUUGAAGGAAAGACAGGCUGCAAAUGUAAUAAAAAUAAUAAUGCACUUACAGCAGCCCUGUGAGGUAGGCCAGUUUACUUAUUACCUCAUGGCUAGUGCCUUAAAUGGCUUUUUAGAAGGUUGGAAAUAAUUAUGCAGGGUGUGCCAAUUCAUUGCAUCCAUGUAUAAAUGCAGGACUCUGUCCUUUUUGUGAGCUUUCCAGAAGGUUGUGAUUGGACACUGGGCUAGAUGGAUCUCUGAACCAGCAAGGCCCUUUUAAUUUUUGGUCCUUUACUUUCCCAGCGGAGCAAGAUCAGACCUGUGUUCAGUCGUCAACUCAUUGUGUGGCUUUGAGCAAGCUGCUGGCUCUCUCAGCCACCACCACCCCGUCUGUAAAAUGGGACUAACAUAUCUCGGUGAACAGUAGAGCUUUUCAAGUGCUUUACAAUGAAAAGUGUACAUUACAAGUGGUUUGGGCUACACCUGCACCUGCAGCCACAGCUCACUGGUGGGAUGUCUGCUUUGCAUGCAGAAGCCUCCUGGUUCAAUCCCCUGUGGCGGUAGGACUGGGAGAGAAUUUGUGCCUAAAACCCUGGAGAGCAGCUACCAGUCAGUGCAGACAAUUCAGAGCUAAAUGGGACAGUUGUAUUACUCUGUAUAAGGCAGCUUCCUAUGGACUACAACUCCCAAUGUAGCUGUAGUCUAAGACUUCUGGGGGGCGCCAGGUUGGCGAAGUCUGCUAUUAUUUUCCAAGGCAGGUUUAUUGCAUGCAUUGCAAGGUUGGGGCAGACUUGUUCCUCUUGCCAUCCUGGGCCUAAUGGAUACCUGAACAGGCAUGACCAGAUCUUAGGCAGGAAUCAGGGGAGAUUUUAGAAUGUGUCUGGUUUGUUGGUUUGUUGGUUUGUUUGUUUGUAUCAUAGCCUGCCUUUUUUAAUUGUCUUGAAAGUGAAAACAAAAGCAUUUCUAUUAUUAUUUUAAGUCCUUGUUCUAUUCAGAAAGGACUUCCACGUUCUGGGGAUGUGGGUUUCCCGGCUUGCUUUUUAUAGACAACUAAUCUGGGAGUGCAGAGACACUAAAUUGUGUGCGAUCCGUCCCUCCCUCCCUCCAAAGUCUGCUUCAUGCAUCUGCUUAUUUGUGCUUAGCAAAGUGUAGGGAAAUCCUUCUCUCCCCUACACCACUACUAAAAAAAACCCCCAUCUAGCUAGCUUACUCUUGGCUUUCGGCUCUCCCUUUCUUUUCAUUUGUCAUGCUUUAGGCAAAUACUGCAUUAUAGAUUGUUGCUUCCUGGCUGCAAGUCUCACGCUGCCUUGUCUGCUCUGCACUGGUUCUUGGGCAAAGAGGGAUGUUAUAUGGAUAUAUCUGUCCAAGUGUUGCAUCAUACCAGGCCAGAGUAGAACUGAGGCAGCUUUGUGUUUUGUAAGCAAGAGUGCUGUCUGGGUAUCUUUUUUGUGCAGCACGCUGUGUGUGUGGUGUUUUGAUCCAUGGUGACGGAGGAAGGACCCUGGAUCUCAGAUCUAGGUCUCUUCUUACAUGGGAAGUAAACUCAGCUUUUAAAAAUAGAACCAACUUCUAAGUAAGCAGAGCACAUUCCCAUGCAUGUUUAUAAGGAAGGGACGUAGCUCAGAAGGUCCCUGGUUUGAUCCCCAGCAUCUCCAGGUAGGGCUUGGAGAUAUCAUGCCUGAAACCCUGGAGAGUGGCUGCCUGUGAGUGUAGGCAGUACUGUACUGCGUUAGAUGGAGUAAUGGUCUGACUCUGAAUAAGGGAACUUGCCUGUGUCUACACAGAAGGAAGUCUACUCUGGGGUCAUUAGUGCUUUCUCCCAUAUAGGAGAUAGGCACAUAGGAUGCCAUGGUAGCCUCAGUAUCAUUUGGGGAUGGAUCUGUGUUGUGUUUUUAGAAAAUGUGCCCUCUGUAUGGGGAGGGAAUUGCAGACUGAUUUGUAAUCCCUGAACACACACACACACACACACACACACACACACACACACUGUGUGUAUAUAAAUGCUUGUUUUCUCCUCUUGUGUGCAAUGACCGUUUUCUUAAAAUGGUAACUUUCUUUGUUAUUACAUCAGUGCCUCAAGAGUUUCAGUGCUGUUACUUGCAGACUGAACCAAGACAGAGGAUUAUUUCCCCGCAUUGUAUGCCUUGACUGGCUUUCUAAUGACAGGUUAUCUGUCUGUGUCAUCAGAAACUGUUUUGUGAAUUGCCAGCUUUCAGUACAUACUGUAAUUAGCACUUUCUGUAACUUCCUGUGUUUCAUCUCCCUCUGACUUCGCUUUUUACGCUCCUCCCACCUGACCAGGUGUACACAGUCACAUCCAUACCAUGCAUUCGCAGCUGUGACAUCAACGAACAUGGCCUUUUGAAAUUCAUAGAAUCGUAGAUUUGUACAGGACCUCAAGGGUCAUCUAGUCCAACCCCUUGCAAUGCAGGAAUCGCAGCUAAAUGAUUCCUUAGUCAUGUUAUUCUUUCAUAUUCUGUGUGUGAUGCUUUAUAAAAUGUGGAGCCAGUGCAGCAUAGUGUUUAGUUUAGUUUAGCUAGCUAUGGAUGAUGGGAGUUGUAGUCCAACAACUUGGAAACCCAAGUUUGAGAAACCCUGGAGAGUGUUAGACUAAGACCUGGGAAAGACCAGGGUUCAAAUCCCCACUUGGCCUUAGGUGUAAUCUUCUGCCAGUCACUGCCUCUCAGUCUAACCUAGCUCACAGGAGUGUUGUGAAGAUAAAAUAAGGAGAACUAUGUACUUCACCUUGAGGUGGGUUAUAAAUGUAAUAAAAUAUACUAUUACUCAGAGUAGACCCACUGAAUUGAUGGACUUGUGCUAGCCAUGUUCUUUAAUUUCAGUGUGUCUACUCAGUGUAGGACGGACAUUGGAUGCAACCCCCAGAGGUUUGGAUUUGGUUUCAGGGGACCCACAGGGACGAAGCCUUUGUAACAAAGACUCUUUUAUUUUAGUUUAAUCCAAGGCAUCAUUGCAUCCAAGGAGGCUCCAUUGAGUUGAAAUUCCUGCAUUGCAAGGACCCUCAGGUCCGUUCCAGCUGUGCAGUUCUAUGAUUCUGUGAGUUCGAUAGACCUUACUUCCUGAGAAGUGUGCUUAGGAUCACACUUUUGAAAUACAGGAGGCAGUUUUCUCAGUACUGUAUCUGCAUUCCUUUGCAAGCUUUUAUUUUCCCACUCUCUCCCUCCUUUCCAAAUCUGUAUAAAUAAUUACUUAGGGCUUAGAUUCUCUCCACCGCAAGAUGAUGGAAUCCAGGAUGAAAGGGACUUAAUUAGCUUAAGGGCUUCCUGCCUACCUUUAUAUAAAGCUGUCCCUGCAAGGCAGAAUGCCAGUAUAGCAGCACUUUCUCCCUGGUGUGGUCUUGAGAUUUGGACUUGCAUGUGGAAACCCUUAAUAGUGUGUGGUUGUUAAAACAAUUAGAUCCCCUCCCCAUUUGCUAUUUUGCAGAAUUCUGCUUGCGUAUAUUUAUAGAUCUGUGUGUAUACAGUAUGUAUCUUCAGAGCCAGCAUUUGAGGGAGUUGUAUUGGGUCUGGACCCUGCCCCCAAAAUUAAGCAUUAGCUCCCGAAUAUGCAGCUUGGCUCACUGGCUGGCGCGAGUUGCCAAGAUCUAUUUUGGAAGUGAAUCGCCCCACCUCAGCAAGGGUGCUGCAGAGUUUGAAAGUUUCGAAAAAGGGCAACCAGAAUGAUUGAGGGGGUGGAGAAACUCCCUUACGAGAGGAAAGGUUGCAGCAUUUGGGGCUCUUUAAAGAAAAGGUAAGGCAAGAGGUGACAGGUGUCUAAAAUGAUAUAUGGUCUGGAGAAGGUGGAUAGAGGGAAAGGUUUUCUCCCUCUCUCAUAACCCUGGGAUCCGUGGACAUCCCAUGAAGCUGAAUGUUGAACGAUUCAGGACAGAUGAGAGAAAGUCUUUGCUCAUGCAGCACAUAGUUAAACUAUGGAACUCGCUCCUGCAGGACAAGCCAAUGAUGACCACCAGCUUGGAUGGCUAUAAAAGAGGAUUAAACAAAUCUGUGGAGGAUAUGGCUAUCGGCAGCUACUAGACAGGGUGUCUCUAUCCUCCCAGGGCUACAAUUCUCAGAAUGGUUGGACAAUCGGUCCCUCUUCACAGGGAACACUGGGAGUCGCAGCUCUGAGAGCAGGCAGGGGUCUCCUAAGGAACUCCCAGCACCCUGAACAAAUUACAGUUCCCAUAAUUCUUUGUGGGGAAGCCAUGACUGUUUAAAGUGGUGACAUAGUGCUUUAAGUGUAUGGCAUGAAUGUCACCCUGAUUUUUUCCUUUGGGGUAGGCUUGGUCGUAAUUGCCUCAGUGCAGGGCCUUUUGUUGUGGUGGCUCCUCCUCUCAGAGGACAUCUGCAUCUUUACUGCAUCACCUCUCAUUUGUGGGUGAAAACUGUUCCGUUCCAUCAAGGCAUUUGCAAAUCCUCACCAUCUUUAUUUCUUUUGUGUUUGUUCAGUUAUUUUUUGUGGACUUCAUACAGUGUUUUAAAAAAUCAGACGAUCAUAAGAAUGCUUUCAUGUUGAAAGGCAGUCUCUUAAUGUUUUAAAUCAGGCAUAGGCAAACUUGGCCCUCCAGUUGUUUUGGGACUGCAACUCCCAUCAUCCCUGACCACUGGUCCUGUUAGCUAGGGAUGAUGGGAGCUGUAGUCCUAAAACAUCUGGAGGGUCAAGUUUGCCCAUGCCUGUUCUAAAUAAAUGCUGGAAAGUGUGCCCCUUCCCUGAAGUGAUUCCUUCCUUUCCUUAGCCAUGGGAACCUGCUGAGGGAAUAAAAAAAAAAUAGUUCUCUAGGUGCCAACAUUAUUUUAAGAUGUCUAGGCAACCAGGCACAUGGGAUUUUCUAGCUCUGCAGUAUAGUCAAUAAUUGCUGUUCCAAGCUAAAUGGUUUCUCCUUCACUUAAGCAGAGAAGAUCCUUGGGCAAAGUUCCUUAAAGCAGUGUUAGGAACUCAGAUAUAUUAGCUAACCACCAAAUGGCACCUUAAACCUAGGUUACUAUCGCCACAAUAGAAUGUCUAGGCACCAUAUUAUUAUAAUUUUUUACAAUGAGACUUAUUCAUUUCUAUACCACUUUAUAUUUUAAAGAAAAAAAUCUCAAAGCAGUUGACAACACACUAAACCAUCAAAUCAAACAAUCCAGAAUAAAACAGAUUGAAACUUCAAGGAAAACAUUUCAGAUCCUUCUCUAAGUGACAUUUUGCUUUCCCCAUAUAUAUCUACUUAAUUUAUAAAGCUGCCCCAUAGCAAAAGGACUCUAGGAAACCAGUGUGGUGUAGCGGUUAGAGUGUCAGACUAGGACCUGGGAGAUCAGGGUUCAAAUCCCCACUCGGUCAUGAAGCUCACUGGGUGACCUUGGGCCAGUCACAGCCCCUUAACCUACCUCACAGGGUCGUUGUAAGGAUUAACUGAGGAAGCAGGGUGAACCAUGUACUCCUUGCAGGAAAAGGUGGUAUAUACAUUCAAUAAAUAAGCUGUUCUGCUUACGAAAGCUGGAGGGGACAGCCAGAUGGAGAUGUCAGUUGCCAACCUGGCACCCAGAGACCUCCGUGUGGUUGCAAUUGGAUCCACACCUGUCACAAAAUGCACCUGGCUAAUUUCUGACAUUGCCUUAAAGAUAGGGUCUAUUAAUGGUGGAUGGAGGGUAUUGUUGUUCCGCCAAUCUUUACACACACACACACACACACACACACACUGACCAUCACUUGUAUCUGACCCUUGGGCUAAGCCAGGCUUCCUCUUUUCUCCAGCCCACCACCCUCUUGCCCAGCAGUGGUCCUUCUGAUGCAAAUGCUUCUUCCCUGCCAUUUGUCCUUGGUCCCUAGCAUUUAAAGGUAGACUGCCUCUGAGCCAGGGUGAUCCAUUCAGUUAGCAUGACUGCUGAUUGUUAUGGGACCCCUCCCCUCUCAAAAUGCUGUCAAAAGCCAGCAGUCAUUUGCAACAAGUUCCAUGAGCUGGUUGUGCAUUAUUUGUGCAAAAAGCUUUGGCUUGUGUCCUGCUAGGUUCUGCUCAGAGGUGGCCCACUGAAAUGAACGGGUCAGUCCCACAUGGGUGAACUUAGGCUCGCUAAUUUCAGUUGGACUACUUGUGAGUAGGAGUAACGUUGACUGCAGGCCAUUGUCUUUGCUAAAUUCCUGGCGUUGGCUGCAUUGUAGUGCUGGAGGGAGCUGGUGUUAGCAGUUUCCCUUUGCUUUAAUAUAUAUCUGGCAGCAAACAAAGCAGCAGGGAAAAGUCAGGUUCCCCCCCCUUCAAGUUGAGCUUGUGGGGCAAGAGGGAGACCUAUCUGGGCCUCCCUUGGUCCAACUUAAACAUUAAUCAACCUGAGCGGCAAAGAGUUUGUUUUAUUUUACUCUUUAUUGUUUUAUUGAAUGUUUAAAAUGGGGGGGGGGGUCGGGUCAGCAGCCUCUUUUAUCUUCUUGAGAGCAACAUUCCUUCAUGAGUGAUGGACGGGGCCAGAAUCAGUGGCCCCCUUUUUCAUUUCCUUGGGUCACCCACUGCCCUGCCGUCCUUAAUUUUGCUCCCUCUUCUCUCUAGGUCACCCCCUUUUCUUUAUUUCUGGCUCACCCCACUUCCUUUUUCUUUCUCCCAUCCCAUACUCAGGAGAUCAUAGAAUCAAAGAAUUGUAGAGCUGGAAGGCACAGUGAGGAUAAUCUAGUCCUAUCUCCCUGCAAUGUUGGAAUCUCCACUAGUGCAUCCAUGACAGAUGUCCAUCCAAUCUCUUCUCAAAAGUCUCCAAUGAAGGAGAAUCCACCGCAUCUCCUAGGAGACUGUUCCACUGUCAAACAGCUCUUGCUGUCCGAAAGCUCUUCCUGAUGUUUAGUCGCAAUCUCCUUUCUUGUAACUUGAAUCCAUUGGUUCUGGUCCUACCCUCUGGAGCAGGACAAAACAAGCUUGCUCCAUCCUCCAUUUGACAGCCCUUUAGAUAUUUUAAGAUGGCUAUCAUAUCUUAUCUCUGCCUCCUCUUUCCCAGGCUAAACAUACCCAACUCCCUAAACCAUCCCUCAUAAGGCUGGGUUUCCUUGAUGAUCUCGAAACCAAGAGGUCAGAACUGAUCGCUUGUGGGUGGCUUCUGAAAGGAGGCUGAGGCCCACAGGCUGCCCACCCUGGUAGUAAAGGCAUCCAUCCCCUCCAACAACACCUGGGACAAAUAGGAACAUAGAAGACUGCCUUACAGCAAGUUGGACCAUUGGUCCAUCUAGCUCAGCCUAGAUGCCUACUGGUUGGCAUCAGCUUUCCAGGGUUUCAGGUAGGGGACAAUUCCCAGCCGUACCUAGGAAUGGAACCUGGGAGGUUCUGGGUGCAAAGCAGAUGCUCUACCACUGAGCUACAGCUGUUCCCUUAAAAUAUAUGAACAAAGGAAGCUGCCUUAUACUGAUUACGCCAUUGGUCCAUGUAGCUCAGUAUUGCUUACAGUGAUUGUCAGUGACACGAGAUGUCAGCUUGUGAUGGAUGUCUCCCCGUACCUGCUGCAAAUCCUCUUUUUUAACCCACCCCCUCACUUUUUUGCUUUUCCUUCGUUCCUCUGCACAUCUGAGAUGUUUGGCUCUUCUUUGGAAUGAUGCAAAAUGUUUCCCUUGGAUCCACAGCAGGCUGCUUUUCAGUAGCUUUCCUGGUUUUGGGGGCAAGAAUGUGGAAAAAGGAACAACCCCACCCCCAGUGCCUGCAGAAUUGGUUGCUGCAAAGGAUAAUUAAUUAUUCUGCAGAGCCGGUUUGCACCGGCUGUUCCAGGCCUCCAGAGUUGCUCAAUGUGCUUUGUUGAAAUCCACAGUGACAUCUGUGAACCAUUCAUGCUGACGGUGCAGCUAUUAAUGCGGCGGCGCAUGGGGUUGCAGGUGUACAGCAGCGGGAACGGCUUGCUCACCCAGGACAGCUCUUUGAUUUAAUACAUUGGUUAUUCCUUGGUUGAGUGAAUGGUGUGAGUCUUGGUUGCCAAAUUUGUUUAUUUUAUUUUUAAAUGGUUCUUUUGGGUAACUGUUAGCUUAAUCUAGAAGCAUAGUAAGGUGCUUUAUAGAGAGGCAAGCCAUUGGGUCCAUCUAACUCUGUAUUCCCAUCACUGCCUGGAGAUGCAUUUCGGGAUUGAGGCUGGAAACUUUGGUGUGCAGAGCUGACACUCUGUCACUGAGCUGUGGCUACGGGAGGCUUUGUCCAAAACAUCUGGAGGGCACCAGGUUGUCAAGGACUGCUUCAAAUUGGUCUUGUAGUUUAUACUUCUCUUUCACAAAGCACUUGAAAAGCUUUUGUGUGGUUGCUGAGGUCCACUUGCCCCAUUUUACAGAUGGGGUAAAUUGAGAUUGAAAGCCAGCAGCUUGCCCAAAGCCACAAUGAGCCACAACCCUUCUCCCCACCUCCCACAGUAUGGAAACAGAUUUGAGUGCAUGAAAAGGUACGCACGCUUUAUUGAACUAUACCCACGCGUCUUGGAACUUAUGUACAGGGGAUUGGAUUACCCUUGGACCCCAUCCAACUCUACAGUUCUAUGAUUCUGCGACCAAUUUUGCCCAGGAUGCAAGCAGACCUCCAAGAUGCUUGGGAGCUAAGUCUCUCCCAAACCCUACCACUUUUAUUACCUCUACUUGUAGAUGCCAGGGAUAAAACCUGGCACCUGCUGAAUGUACAGCUUAUGCUGCUUCCAUUGAACUAUGAGGCUAUCCAUCUGCAAUGCUCCCUUUCAAUAUAUAAGCUAGGCAUGGGGAGCAGUCUCUGUGGAGAAGGUUAAAAAGAGUUUGAGCCUGGCAGAAGAGGUAAACAGCUGGUGCUCUGAGGAUGUCUGCCAAGUCUUGGAGAGAAGUCGGAAUGUUUUGCAAAACAUGUGAUAUCACUUGCAGGGGGCUCGUCGGAGGGCGUGUGGGUGUGCGUGCAAUCAAAACAUUCUUCGCACUAAACGGGGCGGCUGGAGGAGCAUGCCAUCGCGCCUGGUAACCUUGCGCCUUACUUUUAGAAGGAAGCCCACAGAAGGCCAACUUACUGGUUGACGCACCAUGAUACCGUCUCUGUGUGAGCGUGUGUGAAUAAUCCGUUGCUGAUUUUUGCUGGGGAAGGGUUUGACUUUCUUCCUCUAUACAUAAAAGUGUAAGGCUGUCAUCACUCAGAGGAUUUGCAGAGCCGUAUCACAAAUCGGGAAUUGCAUGAAGAACAAUCCAAGAGGUCAAGAAAAGAAAGCUUAGCGGUUGCAUGGGGUGAGAAGGGGACACUCUAGGGAGUGAAGGUUGGGGAAUGGCAGUGGGGUUGGCAAGUGGAGCGAGUUGGGGCACAGACCCUAGUAUGGUGCAUACAAAUAUAAGGCCACAAUUGUACUCCUCCUCCGGUCAUGUUCAGUUAUGGAACUCGUCAUCUGCUGUUGCUUCAUCUGCCAAAGGUAGCCCUCACUUCCUUUUUGUUUAAUAUGCCUGAUCUCAUCUGCACUGGGAUUUACCGUAUCUGAGUGCCGUGCUUUUGAUUGACAGUGUUUCUGCGGAAAGAGGAAGGAAAACGAGUAAUGCAAUACCUGAAAAUAUUAGUGUGGGUGUUUACAGUAGAUGGCUUGAAUUGUACAGUAUUCAGUGGGUGUUUUCAGUUAGUUUUAAGUGUCAUCUGAUACGCUUGUGUCCUGUCAUAUUUAUGUGUACAUAAUACAUAUAUACAAAAAACAAGCCAUUAUAGAUCCUACAUUGCGGAAUUUCAGAAUGCUGAUUUUUUAAAAUAUCUAUUAAGAUGCAGUUCAGCUAGUUUGUGGAAGGUGGGAAGCUUAGCAGCGGGAGCUUAUUUGAACAGCUUAGCUUCAUGGAGCCUCCGUUUCUAAUAAUAAUAAUAAUAAUAAUAAUAAUAAUAAUAAUAAUUUAUUAUUUAUACCCGCCCAUCUGGCUGGGUUUCCCCAGCCACUCUGGGUGGCUUCCAACAAAACACUAAAAUACCUAUUAAACAUUAAAAGCUUCCCUAAACAGGGCUGCCUUCAGAUGUCUUCUAAAAGUUUGGUAGUUAUUUUUCUCUUUGACAUCUGGUGGGAGGGCGUUCCACAGGGCGGGUGCCUCUACCGAGAAGAUCCUCUGCCUGGUUCCCUGUAACUUGACUUCUCACAGCGAGGGAACCGCUAGAAGGCCCUCGGCGCUGGACCUCAGCGUCCGGGCAGAACGAUGGGGGUGGAGACGCUCCUUCAGAUAUACAGGACUGAGGGUGUUUAGGGCUUUAAAGGUCAGCACCAACACUUUGAAUUGUGCUCAGAAAAGUACUGGGAGCCAGUUUACAGAGGAAGUCCAUCUUUCAGGGUGCUUGGGAUAAAUAACGGGGAGACACCUGUUGCUUUCAUGCCCUGUCUUGUGGAGCCGUCUGGCUUGCUGUCAUUUGCUAACCUGCUGCUGGGCUCAGUUUGUUUUGCAAUUUACUACUGCAUUAAUAAAUACUGUAAUGGAAGGGAAGGCUCAGGACAGACAAAAGUUAUAGCAUUUCUGCAAAGCGUCCGCUCAAAACAAUGGAAUCCAAUCCUACAAGAGGCACUGAGGGCCACCAGUUGGGAUGGCUUUGUCAAAAGGAUUAGACAAGUUCAUGGAAAAGGCUCUCAGUGACUACUAGCCACAAUGACUAUGUUCUGCCUCUAUCCUCUGGUCAGCAUUGUAUGUUUGUGGACAAUGCUAGAAACUCAGAUAUUUGAGGUACAUGCCAAAUGGCUCCUUAAACCAGAGUUAGUCGCCAAAACAGAAUACCUAGCUGCCAUUUUGGGGCCAGACAGCUCUAAAAUUGUUUUUCAAUAAAACUGUUUGGUCCCUGAAAUUCAUUCUGAUUGUGCAGAUAAAAUAUACCGGAUAGAAUUCUACAGGAUGUUUUGCUGGUGUGUGAAAAUAGUCAAGAGCCAAGGAUCCCCAGGCAUGCACCUCCAGAUGGUGGAGACGACAGGUGUCAUCAUCCUGGCACCUGGGCAUCUUCCCUUGGCCGCAAGUAGCUGAUGGCUAGGUGCAAAAUACACCUGGUGCCUGGCUAAUUUUGAACACUGCUUCUGGAUACCAGUUUCUUGGGAUUGCUAAUGGGGAGAGCAAUGUUGCAAACAGGUCCUGAUUCUGAGCUUCCCAUUGGGGCAUCUGGGUGGCCACUGUUAGAACAGGAUGUUGAACAAAAUAGGCCUUUGGCCUGAUUCAGCAGGGCUCUUUAUGUUUCCUGCCUAACUGGAAACUUUUGUAUGCAGUAAACCAGGUGUGGCGAACAUGUGGGCCUCUGGAUCUUGUGUUUAUUAUUUAUUUAGACCAGCCUUUCUCAACCUUGGGUCCCCAGGUGCUGUUGGACUACAACUCCCAUCAGCCAUAGCUACCGGGACCAGUGAUCAGGAAUGAUGGGAGCUGUAGUCCAAAAGCAUCUGGGGACCCAAGGUUGAGAAAGGCUGAUCUGGACCUUUUGCACCCUGCUCUUCAGCCAAAAAGGCUCCUAGAGAGGCUUACACACCAUCAAAACAGUCUCUGUCCACAGGCUUACAAUCUUUUUUUUAAACAACCAUGACACACAAGGGGAAAAGGACAGGGAGGGAAAAGUGGGGAAAUCAAACUUGUGCACCAGUUAUUAAACUGUUGCUGAACUACAGCUCCUAUCAUCCCUCUCCAUAGUUAAAAUUCAGCAACAUAUGGAGAUCCAAAUGUUCCCCAGACCUACAAUAAAUGAUUGGGGGGGGGGGCAGGAACAAGAGCAAAGAGGGGUCUCAAAACCUUCACCUGCCAGCCAGUGACUUUGGGGGGGGGGGGGUUUCAUCUGGCUGUCAGUCCCCUUCUCUCCCUCUUGGCUUUUCCGUAUAAUUUUCACAUGACCCUCUCUUGGCCUCCUUUGGCAGCAGGCGUAGCUGCUAAGAAGCUCUAUAAAAAGCCCGCGGAGAAAAAGCUUAGCCACCGAUAGCAUCUUUGUUCCUUUUCUAAAAUUGUAUAACUGGGGCACAGUGACGGCACCGUUGGAGGGAGUAGCCCAUUUUAUACACUGCCUUCAUGUUACUUGCUUUUUUUGAAGGUGCUCCUGUGCCCGCCCAGGACCCCAUACCAUGGCCUGACAUCCAUUGGAUGCCAGCACGCAGUGAUCACUGGAUUAAAUGGAGUGGCCAGGGGAUCAGGCCACUCCUGUCACGCACACAAGGUUUUAAUUGUCCUUCUUGGCAGCCCAAGAAUUGGAUUUUUUUGCUGCCGCUUAGCCAAGGUUCUAGUCUUUUUGUUGCACAGAGAUGCUUUAGAACACGCAAGCCAUGCAUAGUGUUAUUUCAGUAACCAGUGUUCAUUCCUAGGUGGACAUGUUUGUUGCACCUAGUCCCUCCUUCCUUCAACCAGAUGUGUGCCCAUCAGUUGCUUGCUGUAGGGUAUUUGCAAGGUAGUGGGGUGCAUGUUGACCGCCGACCUUUGUUUGCAUUUUUGAGGUGCUCCGUUUUUAAAAUCUUUAGACUGUCAGAACACAUUCAGGCUGGUUGCAAUGAACUGUCUCUCCCUCUCCUCAUCUCCCCGUUCUGAUCCUCUUUUAGGUUCCAUGGACAUGUGAACAGCACAGGGCUUGUGUACCAUGAGGGGGAGGAAUGCAACCUGAUUGCGUUGGCCGUGGCUGUAUUUGCAGAGCUUGAAAGCCAAUGUCAAACCUCUGGUUCUGUACACAGAGCAGAGCGAAGCUCAGAUAACAGCUGGUCUUCAAAGGCCCCUAGUGUCUGUCAUUCAAUGGACUCUGCUCUCCCUCUCUCACACAUAGACCUGGUGCCCAGGUUACAGGUGUGACACAGUAGCCAGGGAUUGGGAGCCUUCAGCUCUCCAGAUGUUUCACUACGAGUCCCAUUAUCCUUCACCAUUGGCCAUGCUGUCUGUGACUGAUGUACGCUGUAGUCCACUUUUGCUGAACUACAACUCCCAUCAGCCCCAGCAAGCAUGACCAAUGGCCAGGGAUGGUGGGAGUUGUAGGCAAGGCCAAAGGCUUCCCACACCUGCUUUAGAUGCAGGCCUUGCCCUCUCCAUGCUUUUUGGAGGUAACCAAAUCAGGUAGUUGAUUUGUUCAAAAUGGGGCUUCCCAUUUGGGGCCUUGGCUCCGGGGAACAUGCAAGAAGUUCCUUUUGGAGCACAAAGGGCAAAAUGUUCUGCCCCUCUCCUGUGACCUGACCUUCAUGGCUCCUGUCUUGUUUAUCUGGAAAGUGGCCCUUUUGAUUGUGGAGUGAUUUCUGAAGCUGCUUUGCCAGUGGUGGUUGAGUGCCAUGGCUCAGAGCAGAGUCACAGGGGCAAGAAAAGCAAGUGAUGCUCUAGUUUGGGAAUGGGGAACCUGUUGAACUCCAGCUCCCAGCAGCCCCAGCCAACACAGUCAGUGAUCAGGGAUGAUGGGAGCUGCAGUCCAUCAACAUCUGGAGGGCCACAGGGUCCCCACUUGUGGCAUGGACAGCACUGAGCAGGAUGGACCAGUGGUCUGGGUUGGUAUACAAGGCAGCUUCCUAGGGCAAGUGGCUGUGAUUUGUAUUCAGUUGUAUAAAGUGCAACUAAAUAAAUUCUUGCUCUUAUCUCUUAAAGAGUUAGUUUAGUAGGGACAGUUUCUUUUUUUCUGUGUCAAGGCCAUGGAUAAGCAGCUUUUGUUUGAUAGUGUAAGCAUCAAAGGCUUAUUAUAUGUAUGUGGUUUUUUAAAAUCUGGGUUUUCAAAAGUUCAGGGGACCUUUCUUCCUCACCAAGAGCGCAUCCUCAAAUCUGUUGUAGAACCUCUUCUGCAUUGCCAAGGAUUCUGGAGGCACAUUAUUAUUUAUUUAACUGAAUCUGUAUACCACUUAAUCGUAAAAACCUCUAACUGGUUUCUAUAAAAUUUAAAAUUGCCAGUGUAAUUAUUUCAUGGGAGUCGGAAGUUAAAAAUAAGUUGGCCUACCAAAAAAAUCAGUAUAUAAAAUGAAUUGACAGUUGGUAAUACGCAUUUAGAAAAUAAAACUGUGUAUUAAACUUUAGGUGUUUGGAAAGGCUAAACAAAAAAUGUUCUUAGGAGGUGCAAGAAAGUGUACAGUGAAAGUGCCUACCUAACAGUUCCAGAGAGUAGUUGCUGCCACGCUGAAAGACUGAACAUUAAUGCGGCACAUAUAAGCAUGCCAGUGUGGUGGAUCACAUGCUCAGGACUGAGGUCCGUGUGGUUUCUUCCCUUUCAUCUGACGUCUUCUACGUUUUUUCCCCCCAGGUGUGGUGGGACAGUGGGCGCCAUCUUCACCUGUCCGCUGGAAGUCAUCAAGACGAGGCUCCAGUCUUCGAAACUGGCCUUCCGCACAGUCUACUACCCACAAGUCCAGCUGGGCACGAUCAGUGGCGAAGGAGUGGUCCGUCAGACGUCUGUCUCCCCUGGCCUCAUCCGGGUCCUGAAGUGAGUAUAAUGGGCUUGGCCCUCUACAAAUGUUAAGCAGCUCCACACAGGACUAAAUGGGGCCCCCCUCCUUUCACUGCAUCCUUGCUCUCUGUUCUUAACCCCGGACUGUCCAGAUAUGCUUCAUCUUCUCUCCCCUCUCUCACCCCCCCCCGAAACUGCAGAUCUAUUUUGGAAAAGGAGGGGCCACGGUCACUGUUUCGUGGGCUAGGGCCCAACCUGGUUGGAGUUGCGCCGUCAAGGUACGAAUCUAUUUAUUGCAUUCCUAUCCUGCCAUCUUUCCUACAAGGAGCUCAAAGUGGCGCACAUACCUCUGCUUUUUUUUAAUCCUCACAACAACAACCUUGUGAGGUAGGUUAGGCUGAGUGAGUGACUGGCCCAAGGGAGCUUCAUGGCUAGUAGGGAUUUGAACCCUGCUCUCCCAGGUCCUAGGGACGCUGGUGGCGCUGUGGGUAAAACCUCAGCGCCUAGGGCUUGCCGAUCGUAUGGUCGGCGGUUCGAAUCCCCGCGGUGGGGUGCGCUCCCGUCGUUCGGUCCCAGCGCCUGCCAACCUAGCAGUUCGAAAGCACCCCCGGGUGCAAGUAGAUAAAUAGGGACCGCUUACCAGCGGGAAGGUAAACGGCGUUCCGUGUGCUGCGCUGGCUCGCCAGAUGCAGCUUGUCACGCUGGCCACGUGACCCAGAAGUGUCUGCGGACAGCGCUGGCUCCCGGCCUAUAGAGUGAGAGGAGCGCACAACCCUAGAGUCUGGCAAGACUGGCCCGUACGGGCAGGGGUACCUUUACCUUUACCUUUACCUCCCAGGUCCUAGUCUGGCACUCAAGCCACAGCACCAUACCGGUUCUCAUCUUGCUUUUUAAUCUUUCAGAAACCUUUAAUGUACUUGGCUUAUAACUCUGGUUAUAUAACUCACCAGAGACUUACCUGGUAGAGGCAACAGGCAACGGCUUCCAUUUCCCACAGUCCUUCAUAGCAUCAUUGGCCCAGGAGCACUGUGGGAGAAGUCAGCUUCUCAACAGUCCUGCUAGCAGGUAAAUCUACUGCUGAGGAUUCUGGGACAGGUGUUGGUAGAUCCUGGCAGGGCACAGAGGACGCCUGCCCAAGGUUGCCAGGAGCCAAAACCAGGGCCUUUAGAAAUAUGCAGUGGAUUAUUUCACUUGCUUGAUAGAGAUGUGUAUUCUGCUCAGUCUUUGCAGGCGGGUGUGUGUGUGUGUGUGUGUGUGUGUGUGUGUGUGUGUGUUGGAAACCAUAUUCAAGACAGAGACAUAACCAACAUUCUCACUGCUCAGAGAAGACCCAUUGAAAUUAAGGAAAAUGACAAAGUUAGGUCUGUAAAUUCUAAGGGGUCUAGUGUGAGUAGGGUUAAUGUUGGGCACAACCUGUAACGUGGUAUAUGUCCACAACAGAGGGAAUCUUGGAGACGUUCUGUGCAUAUUGAAGGCAUAAAUUUGGAAAAACCUUCUGAGUCCAUGCCCUUCCCCAGAGUUUUAUAUUUAUUUUCUUAGAUGUAUAUCCUGCCUUCAUUCCAUCAUGGAAGCCCACCAUUCAUGGGGUUCCCAGGCAUAAACCAGACCCAGACCAGUGAUUAGCACAUGUCUCCAGAUUGUGUUGAUCCUAGAUAUGAAAUUCAGUAUCUGCAUAGUCUCGGCUCUCUUCCUUUAAAAAAAAAAAUAUAAAGCAAGGUUUCUAGUCCUCAAGGUUGCCAAGGUAGGCUUGAAAAGUGUACAUGGAAUGUGUGGUGAACAUCUCAGCCGGAAGGGAGUCCUGAAAAGGAUUAUCAGUAGUCAGGGUUGGCUGGGGUACUGCUUUAGAAUCCUUCAUAGCUCCUGAAGCAGGCAAGAUUUUGCAUAAUAUGUGUGCAUUUGCAGUGGCUUCUCAGUGUCUUAAAAACGACUUCCCAGUUUCUCGUUUUUCUCCUUCUUGUACAUGCCCCACUCUGGCAACAUUUGGCCGCCUUCCAGCUCGCUGGACAAGCUUGCACACUCUUUUAUUCUCCAGUCUGGGGUAAUGAUUUAAUUGGGAAAGGGAAUUUCUCCCCUUCUCCUGCAAAGGCUGACGGCUUAGCCCUGGCCAAAGAAACCUUUCUCCUUGACAACAAUACUGAGAUCCCAGCUGAAAGAUACAUUUGUAGGUUUUGUUUCGUUUUUUAAAAAAGCCUUUCGGACAAGAGUAGCAGCCUUGUUCUAAAGCUGGAGCGCUUUGCUAAUGGCUCUGGCUCUGGGAUCCUUCUUUGGGGCCAGAACUGGGGAGAAAGGAUAGGAGAGGUGGCUGUCCCUCCGCAGAAAUAAAACGCUGACCUCCUUCUGUUUGCUUGCCAGGCCCUAAGGAACUAUUGAUAAUCCAGUCACUAUUUAUCUAGGCCUAAACUACCUCCAGGACGCGGGUGAUGCUGUGGGUUAAACCACAGAGCCUAGGGCUUGCCGAUCAGAAGGUUGGCGGUUCGAAUCCCCGCGACGGGGUGAGCUCCCGUUGCUCGGUCCCUGCUCCUGCCAACCUUGCAGUUAGAAAGCACGUCAAAGUGCAAGUAGAUAAAUAGGUACCGCUCCAGCAGGAAGGUAAACAGCGUUUCCGUGCGCUGCUCUGGUUCGCCAGAAGCGGCUUAGUCAUGCUGGCCACAUGACCUGGAAGCUGUACGCUCCCUCGGCCAAUAAAGGGAGUUGAGCGCUCAACCCCAGAGACGGUCACAACUGGACCUAAUGGUCCAGUUUUUAAACUACUUCCAGGCCCAGCCCACUCAUGAGGUGGGGUGAAGCCAUUGCCUCAGGUGGCAGAAGUCCUCAAGGCCAAGGUGUACCCACAGGCUCCCCGCUGCCUCCAGCGCCAACACUGAAAUCUCGCAAGAUCUUGAGAAGCAUGCGGGGUCUCACGAGAUUUCUGCAACAUCUUGCCAGAAAUCGGCACCAGUUCCGUCGCCACUUCACCACCAGCAGCGGGACGGGCGGCAGGGUAAGGCGGAACUUCCUGUUUCGCCCGAAGUGGUGAAAUGGGACAUUCCACCCCUGCCUACCUUGCAGGGCUGUUGUGAGUGCAAAAUGGGAUUGGAGGCUAAGAACUCUGCACGCUGCCCUAGAGCUCCUUGGAGGAAAAAGGAGAUGUUAAUAAAAUACAUAAAGUAUUAGCUUAGUUUGGAUUAUUCAUGUGUGUGCUGUAUAAGAAAAAAGUGGGAGGCAUUUAUUGUCACACUUUUUUUGGCUAAGAAGGGCACAACAAGUAAUCAGAGCAGUGCAAGCCAUCUUCCGGAUCUGGCGAGUCCAGAACACCUCUGGCUGCGGGUGCAAAGCCUCUUUUCCCCACAACGUACAGCGUUUCUCGAAGCUACAGCUGACUCGUUUUAUUUUUCUGAGCUGUUGUGGAAAAUGCAUCCUGUGGGGCUGUUGGGAGUUGUAGUCCCAAACCACAAAGCGAAGUCUGUGCUCAUAUGAUCAGACAAGUGGAAAGUGUUUGAAUAAAAAUGAUCAUUCUAACAUUCUGCCUACUUUUGUUUGCCAUAUUAUUAUUACAGUGGUAGCUCAGGUUAAGUACUUAAUUCGUUCUGGAGGUUCGUACUUAACCUGAAACUGUUCUUAACCUGAAGCACCCCUUUAGCUAAUGGGGCCUCCUACUGCCGGUGCGCCGCCGGAGCACGAUUUCUGUUCUCAUCCUGAAGCAAAGUUCUUAACCUGAAGCACUAUUUCUGGGUUAGCAGAGUCUGUAACCUGAAGCAUAUGUAACCCGAGGUACCACUGCAUUAUUAUUAAGACAGGCUGCACAAAGUUUUUGUUUUUAAUGGGGUUUAAAAAGGUCAGAGGCCAUCGCUUUACAAGGACACCCACUCUCUGUCAACCUGACUUUGCCUCUUCAAUUCAUGAUUAGAACUCAGAGCCCUUUCCCCCACCCCUCCUCUUACCUCUCCCACAGGGCCGUCUAUUUUGCCUGCUACUCCAAGGCCAAGCAGCAGUUCAAUAACAUCUUUGUGCCGAACAGCAACAUCGUCCAUGUCUGCUCAGCAGGUUCUGCAGGUUUGUAACCCUAAUCGAAGGGGAUGUAGUUUACCAGCCAGUGCUUUUUAUGAAGAUGCAUUGAGCAAAAGCAACUGCCUCUAUUGGGGCCAACCAGGCUAAGGGGUUGGCAGCCUGGCAGCCUCAGGGUGUGGGUGUGGGUGGGAAGACCUUUUUUGGCCCAACAGGCUGGAUCUUUAUCUCCUCCCCCUCCCUGCAACAGGCUAACUUUGACAGGUGGGUGGGACCAUCCACCUUGCAAUCAUCUGACGUCAGAAUGCUAGCCGAGGCAGGUAGACUUGACUGGCAAGCAGCCUUGGCUGCAAGUCCAUUAUUAUCAUUAAAUUUAUUACUCACUCUUCACCAGCAGAUCCCAGGGCAGGUUACACACGAUUUAACAUUUAAAACAGUUAAAAUAGAUGACAGAUCACCGGUAAAAGGUGGGCUCUGAAAACUCAUGUCUCAGGUGUCAAAAGCCAGGGUAAAGAGGUGGAUCUUCAGCAUUCACUGGACGCUGUACAGGAAUGAAGCCAGGCACACCUUUAAACCAGGAGUGAAUAAACACAAGGCCAAAUUCAAGAUACAAUUGUAGAGUUGGAAGGGACCACAAGGGUCAUCUAGUCUAUCCCACUACAAUGCAGGAAUCUUUUGCCUAACAUGGGGCUCGAACCCACAACCCUGAGAUCAACACAAGUCUCACGCUCUGCCACGGAGCCAUGAGAUCACGCUUGGUGUUGGUGGGCUGUGUAUUUCAUUUCUUACAUUUAUAUCCCACCCAUCCUCCCAAAGGAGCCCAGGGUGGUAGAUACUUGUGUAAUGAAAAAAUGCAAUUAAAAAUAAGUGUAUUUUUUAAAAAAUUAAAACUUUUGAAACAGAUUUAUGAACAGAUGUAACCAAGUCAUAUGUCUGGAUCGGCCUUUCCAAACAGGAAAGGCGUGCUGAAACGAAUGAGGUUAAUUUCCCUAGUUAUCACAUCCAGGUUUAUUUAUUUAAGGUUUUUAAAUAAACUGCUUAAAAAAAUAAAUCUCUAAGCAGUGUACAUUAAAUAUUGCACCAAGUUUGUCUUUGCCUACUUGAAGCCACAUUUCCUUAAUUUUGCCUGGUGUGAGAGUGACUUAAGAGAAGUGAAGUCUUGUUUGAACAUUGUAUGUAACAAGUGAAGUCUUGUUUGAACAUUUUAUGUAUGUUUGAAGGUUGCAUGAUCAGUCCAGUGGCCCAUCUAUUCCAGCAUCCUGUUCCCAGCUAGAUGUCUGUGGGAAGCCAGGAAGCAGGAACUGAGUGCAACAUCAGGGUUCUCCCCACAUGUGAUUCCCAGUUACUGACUUCCUCUUUGCGAAAACAACAGUGUGUGAAAAAGGGAGCAACAAGAAUCAAACAACGAGGACUGCUCAGUUUCCUUCUGUCUCUCAAAUAAGGGAGCUGCCUCCCUUCUGAGACCAACUCACCUGUGUGCAUUUCCUUUCUUUCUGUCUCCCUUUUUAUUUUUUGCAUUGAAGUGCCGAUCUCCAGGCACAGAGCAGCUGAGUGUGUAUUGCAGCCGCUCUCCAGUUACACAAGCUGCUAUCCAGCUCGAGCCAGAGCAGAGCUUGAAAUAAACCAAGUGUUACAUGGGCCGCUUACAUAACUUUGGAGGCAUGUGCCUUUCUGCAGAAAGCAACCGGGAAAUGUGGAUAUGAGUCUCCAUUAAUUUGAGCUGGCCAUUUUACCUGCUCAGUUGGUUUUUACAUGUUUCUACCGUCUGUAUGCAAAUUUGCAGUGGCUGAUGCAAAUAAUUGCCUGCCUUCCUGUUAACAGCUGAGUGCUGUGGCUCAGAGGGAGAGCACUUGUUUUACAUGCAGGAGGCCCCCGGUUCAAUCCCUGGCAUCUCCAGGUCAGAAGGGACUUUUUACCUGCAACCCUGGAGAGCCACUGCCAGUCAGUGUAGACAACACUGAACUUUAGGGACCCAGUGGUCUGACUCUGUAUAAGGCAGCUUCCCAUUCAAAUCAGUCCUUUAUGCAGAACCAUGAGGACUAGAAUCUUACUUUUUAGCAGGAGGGCCUUUAGCUCCACUGUGGAACACCUGCAUUGCAUGCAGAAGGUCCUACAUCCAACCCCCAGCAUCUCCAGAUAAAGGCUGGGGUACAAGUCCACAGAGCCACUGCCAGCCCGUGUAAACAGUACUGAGCUAGAUGGACUUAAGGGCCUGAUUUGGUGUAAGGAACCUUCCUGUCAAUCCCUGGGAUCUGUCCCCCCCACCCCCCAAAAAAAGAGAUCAGGAAACAGGUGAUGGGAGAGAUCACUUGUAUGAGACUGCAGAAAAACACUAAAGUCGGAGUUGAUAAUGUUAUACCAGGUGGGCCAAUGGACAGAGGUGAUCUAAGGUAGUAUCACCCACCAUUUUCUUCUGCCCCAAAGCCACCUCUGUUGAUCACAUCCAGAAGUGGACAGAUGACUCAACAAUGCCACCUAGAGCUCCUGCAUAGGUGGUACACACACUUUCAUGCAUAGACGUUCUCUGAAUUUGUAAGGGCAGCUUGAGAUGCUCCACCUGUCCUGGACACAACUGAAACCUGCAGGAAAUGCCAAUGGGCUCUUUAUAAAAGUGGAAGGGUGGAUUUAGAUUUGUGUUUAGUGCUGAGCACACACGCACAAAGACAUUUGGAGACCUAAGUUUAGACUGGUUUUCAAAAACGCUUUUCAGUCAAACUGAGAUGAAAGAAACAACAUUAAAUAAACUAUUUUCCAUACGAGGACUGCAGGAGAUUCUUUGUCUUUGAAAAAUGGAAGCUGCUGUCAAGCUCUUGCUCCAUCUAGCUCUGUGCUGUCUACACUGGCUUGCAGCACCUCUCCAGGGCUUCAGGCUUUCCGAGCCUUACCUGGAGAUGUCAGGGACUGAACCUGGGAUCUUUUUGCUUGCAAAGCAGAGGCUCUGGCACUGAGCUACUUGUAAGUGAUAUUCCCUUGGAUGUGCAAGAGAUGCUUCUUCUCAAGUUUAUAGCUGUAUAUUACCUACAAUUUUAUUCCGUGCACUGCGUAGAGUGCUUUGUGAUUAAGCAGAAUAAAAGCCUUCCUAAAUCUUUGUGGGAGUGGGGGGUUAUUGGUUUGUUUUGUUCUUACUAUGUAUUUUGUGUUUUUAUCUUGUAUUUUUAUGCUGUGAACCACCCUGAGAUCUUUGGAUGACGGGCAGUAUCCAUAUUUAAUAAAUACAUGAAAUACGUGAGGGGGAUGCACACAUCUUGAAAACCAAAACAACUGUCUCUUUCCCUUCAUGCUUCUUAUCCAUAUGCAAACUUCUUGCAGUCUAGUGUUGUUGUUGUUAAGAUUUGUAUACCACUCUUUAUUUGUAGAUAAAACGCACAAAAUGCGUAAUAAAAAUAAGAACAAAAACAAACCAAUAAUCCCUCCUCUCACAACACAUUUAAAAGGGCAUCGGGUGUCAAUCAGCCCAAGGUCUGAUCAAAGAGGAACAUUUUCAACUGGCAUCUAAACGACAGGGAGAGAUAUUUCCAAUCAUUGCUAGCCAAUCUGCUUUAACUGACAAUGUGCCCGGGACCUUCUGCAAGCGCCCAAAUGUGCCCUCUCACCAGGCUGCCUUUUUCCCGGCUGUCCUUUCCUUUUCUCAGUGCUCUGACAAGCUAACCAAUUUCCUUCUCCUUCAUCUGUUUCGCAGCCUUUAUCACAAACUCGCUGAUGAACCCCAUAUGGAUGGUGAAAACCAGGAUGCAGCUGGAAAGGAGGUAAUCCCAGGGGCUGAGCUGGUGAAACAGCACCUAAGGGAAAGGAAGGUGUCUCCCUCAGCUAUGUCACUUCCACCAAGCUGUGUGCCACUCCACCAAGCUGCCUCAGCAGGAGAGAUAGGCAGGAGAAGGCUUCUUUCAUUACCUCCUUGCCUUUGCACAGUGUCAGCUGGUCUUUAUGGGAACAACCGUUUAGAACAGGCUUCCUCAAACUUGGCCCUCCAGAUGUUUUUGGCCUACAACUCCCAUGAUCCCUAGCUAGCAGGACCAGUGGUCAGGGGUGAUGGGAAUUGUAGUCUCAACAUCUGGAGGGUCGAGUCUGAAGAAGCCUGGUUUAGAAAAUGGUGUCUGAGUUUUGAUUUUGGUUUUCCUCUUCCCUCCCUGCCCACUCUCCCUUGUGUGCUGUGUGUGUGUGUUUUUUUAAGAUUGUAAGCCUGCAAGUAAGGGGGCUGUCUUGUUUCGACAGUGCAUCAUCCACCCUGGGAACCGUUUUGACCAAAGAGUAGGGUGCAAAUCCUCUAAAUAAAUAAAGAAAUAUAAAGUGCCUUAAAAAAUUGGAAUAAAUGGAUGGUUAUUCAUUUUUCGGGAUGGAGGGUGGUGGGAGAAAUUCUGGGUUGCAGCUAAUGCUAGUUCUACAAGAGUAAAUUCAUGACUGGCUUUGGUAGAUCUACUCCUGGAGUAGGACGAGAACAGCUAUAGACCCCCGUCACGUAUGUUGAUUCAAGCAAGGUACUGAUCGCUGUUUCUCUCCACCCCCACCCGCCUUUUUGCAUUCCAGAGUCAGAGGUUCGAAGCAGAUGAACACGCUGCAAUGUGCUCGCUAUGUCUACCAGACAGAAGGAGUCCGCGGCUUCUAUCGGGGCCUGACUGCCUCCUACGCUGGGAUCUCUGAGACCAUCAUCUGCUUUGCUAUUUAUGAGAGCCUGAAGAAGCAUGUGAGCGAGGUCCGGUUGGCCCCUUCUCCCGCUGGCGGGACAGAGCGGAACUCCACAAGUUUCUUCGGAUUGAUGGUCGCCGCUGCCAUUUCUAAAGGCUGUGCGUCAUGCAUUGCUUACCCACAUGGUACGUGAGCUGCACCCUUUGCUGGACUGGCUUCCGUCCAGGCACUGACCUCCUUCAGUUCAUCUUCCUGAGAUUCCCUUAGCUAUUUAUUUAUUCUCAUUCAUUCAUUCAUAAUCAAGUUGCUAGCCCUUAUGGUUGGUUGUACAACAGGGAUGAGGAAUCUGGUCCAGGCCUGGUGCCUGCAAGGGGGUCCAGAUCUGACUGCAGGGCCAUUUCCCCCAAACCACGCCCAUCUGCCUGUCAUCUGAUGUCGCUCGUGACAUCUGGCGGGUGGGAGGGCGGGCAGGGUUGAAUCCUGCAUUUGCUGUGAACAUCCAGAGAGUGGGUGGGCUGGCAUCCAAACUGAGCAGGAUUCAACCCUACGAUUUAAGCAGGAUUUAAACCGCAGCAGGGAACAGGGACGUGCUGACAAAACUGAGCGGGAUUUAACACCCCCCCCCCCACUUAUUCACUGAUUGGGGGGUGGGCCUUAAAUCCUUUCUGGUUCGGCUGAAUUUCUUGCAAACCCCUUCUUGAUUUGGGAAGUGGUUUGCAUGGAACCUGCUCCUAAAAGCAAUGGGGGGCAACUCGGUUUUAGCAUUGCCUUGAAAGAUGCUUUGAAGACCCGUGUUCAGGACUUGAAAGCGCCUUGCACCUGAUGUCAUUGUGGAAUUGCCAGUUUUGAUAAGGAUCUAGCCCGUGGAGCUAAAAUGGUUCCCAACCCCUGCUGGGAGGUAUGCUUGAAAAGAGGAUGGGUGGUACCUGGUUGUUUGGCAGGUGUGCCCUUGUCCCCUCUUGCAAACCAAAAUUCUGCAAAACAGCAGCCUAUGCAAAUAGUUCAUAUUCCAAAAUUCUUUCUUGCAAGCAAAACAGUUUGCCACUACACUAUGCCACCAGGUAACUUGCUGAGGAAAACUUAAAAUGGGCAUUGCAGGGGUUUGGUCUAGAUGACCCUAGGGGUCCCUUCCAACUCUACAAUUCUAUUAUUCCAACACCUUUAAUUUGUCUCUCUUUCCUACCCUAGAGGUUAUACGGACAAGACUACGGGAGGAAGGCACCAAGUACAAGACAUUUGUCCAGACGGCGCGGCUGGUGUUUCGGGAAGAGGGCUACUUGGCCUUCUACAGAGGACUCUUUGCUCAGCUCAUGCGGCAGAUCCCAAACACGGCUAUUGUCCUGUCUACCUACGAGUUAAUAGUGUACCUGUUAGAAGACUGAGUUAAGUAGCCGACCAAGACUUGAAUCAAAAACGCACUCAGACAAACAAACAAAAAACUGUUAAAACUUCCACAGGCCAGUUUCUUCGCAAAGAGCCGUUUCAAACAGUCGGACAGGACUGGAGAGUUGGAAAAAUCAUGGAUCAUUUUGCUUGAUAACGUGCUCUCUUUUUAAAAGUUUAUUUUCUGCUCUCUUUUUCUUUAUUUUCUUCCUUAGGGGAUUCAUGCUUUCUGAAAGGUGUUGAUGUUUAAAUGUUAAUAGUUAAUUAUUACCUUUUUUUAACUUAAAAGAGACGAGGUUCAGAAAUUAAAAACGACAAAACUAAAUUAAAAUCACUAUUUAAUUUACA